AUGUGGGUGAUAAAAACGCAAUCAUUGGAGCCAGAAGAUAUCUCUCCUCCACCAGAUGAAGAUUGUCGAAGAGCUGAAGGGGGGACCAAUUUCUAUAAAGCAGUGCUCUAUAUGUUCCUUUUUCUGGUUAUCCAACAGGUAUUGCAGAAAAGUGGGGUUAUUCUUGAUUCACCAGAGGAGCAAAAGAAGAAGGUUGUUGUGGAAAGAAUUAAAAACAAUGUCAUAGGUGACAAGAUUGAUCCAAAAGCUGUACUAAAUUUGGAUCCUGGUCUUGGUGUUUUGGAUGCAUUUUUUGCCAGUUUGUCAAUGAUUCUUGUCAGUGAGAUUGGAGAUGAAACUUUUAUUAUAGCAGCUUUUAUGGCAAUGCAUCAUCCAAAGUCAAUUGUUCUAUCAGGUGCACUCAGUGCUUUGUUUGUAAUGACUAUACUUUCUACAGGGCUUGGUAGGAUUGUUCCAAAUCUAAUAUCAAGGAAACACACAAACAGUGUUGCUACAGUUCUUUAUGCCUUCUUUGGGUUGUGUUUGCUCUAUAUUGCUUGGAGAUCAGAUUCAAAAGCAUCUCAAAAAAAGGAGAUGGAGCAAGUAGAAGAGAAAUUAGAGUCUGGACAAGUCAAAACAGCUGCACGCAGAAAUUAG